AUGGCCUCCUCAAACGCCGCUGUCAAUGCGGCGCCCGCACACCGGAAUCUGUCUCCAAUCGAAGCUUCGAAACGCAGGGCGGCAUAUAAAGCGGUAGAGGACCAUUUUGAUACAUCAUACAAAUAUAUUGGCAUUGGCUCUGGCAGCACUGUUGUCUAUGUAGUUGAGGCAAUUGUAGCCAAGGGCCGCGAGGUCACAUCCAAAAUGGCCUUCAUACCCACCGGGGAUCAAUCGAAGCAACUGAUCAUUGAAGCAGGUCUUCCAUUGGGGAGCAUUGAUGCUUUACCCCCAGUUGAAGAAAUCCCCACGAAGAUGGGCGCGGAGGAUGCUCUUGACGUUGCCACUGGGCAACAGGAUUUAGGACUAAAAGGAAAGCGCCAAAGUCUGGAUGUCGCAUUCGAUGGUGCCGAUGAGAUCGACGAGGAUCUGAAUUGCAUAAAGGGGGGUGGAGCAUGUCUCUUCCAAGAGAAGCUGGUAGCAACAUCGGCAAAGAAAUUUAUAUGCGUUGCGGAUUAUCGCAAGCUUCAACCGCGUCUUCUUACAUCGUGGCAAACCAUUCCAAUCGAAAUCGCGCCCUUGGCAGCACCAACUAUCAAGCGAAUCUUGAUCACUCUUGGCUCACCAGAUCCCAAAAUUCGUCAAGGGGGUAGUGCCAAGGCAGGGCCAGUCGUUACAGAUAACGGCAUGUGGAUCAUGGAUGCUCCAUUUCGUCCACUACUGAUAUCUGCUGAUAUCAAAGAUGGCGUGAAAGGCGAUGGAGAGGGUGGUGUCUGGGAGGUGCACCAAUUAGGCAGAAGACUAAAGAGAAUAGUAGGAGUUCUGGAAGUCGGCCUUUUCUACGGGAGAAAUGGCAUCCAGGUUGCCAACGCGGGCGAGGAAGGCGGUGGCCAGAAGCCCAUUGCAGCUUAUUUCGGCAUGGAAAAUGGCGAAGUUGAGGUUAGAGUAGCGAAGGAGGUUGAAGGUGUUAAGUCACGACCAUAG